AUGGCUUUCAAUGAUAGAAAACUAUGUGGAUCAGAAGAUUCAGAAAAUACCAUUUUUUCAGAAAUUGCACCAAUGUCUGAAGAGUUUAUCGAUUUUUCAAUAACUACAAUAGAAAAUCAAGAUAAAUCUAUUUGUGAACAAGUUUUUGAAAAAUUUGAACAUUUUAAACAAGAAGCAACAAUAUUAUCAAAUUCUGAAAUUACAGAAGUAUUUGCUGAUAUGAAUGAAACUGAUUUAUUUUAUAAUGAUAAUGAUUUUUUACGACAAAUAUUCUUUAGCUAUUUAGAUCUUCUUAAUACAAAUGAAAUUCAACAAUUUUUGACAGCAUUAGCACCGUCUACAUUAGCAGACUCUAUACGUGAAUCGAAUAUUUAUUUAUUACUUUUUAUUUUAUCAACAGUAUGUCGUUCUGUACUCUUUUUUGACAAUGAUAUUGCGGAUCAGUAUAAUCCUUUGUUGAAAGCUAUGCAAGUUCAUAUUGAGCAGAAGCUUCAAAAUACGGCUUUGCUUCAAAAUACGGCUUUGCUUCAAAAUACGAAUGAAAGACUUACUACUGUACAUCAACGUAUAUUGUUGUUGCUAUGGGAUUUAAGCGAUCGUACGGUAGUUGUUCCAUCUCUCUUACGUGCUGGCUUUGGUAAAAGUGUUAUUGAAUGGUUAAACUAUCCAACAUUUAAAUAUCAAUAUAGAAACAUUGAUAGCUAG